GAAUGAUUUAGGCUGAGUUCCCUGACUCUUCCUGAACUCUGGACUUGUCUUUCCUGGUAGCAUCUCCCUCCCUUUUCUGCCCUGGCUGUAGAAAUGUGCUCAAUUAGGGUUAACUCAAACUGAAUCAAACUUCAUGCCUGAUGUUGGAAAUCUUCCCAGUCAACUCACCACAGCCACAUAGCAUGGUGGGAGACAAGGCGAGAGUGGAGAUGAACGCUUUUCAGAGAAACGAAUCCAAGGAAACUUUGUUCACUUUUAUUUCUGCAGGAGAUGAUCCCCCCAAAGGAGAUUUCCCUGUUCAGAAAAAAUCCCCGAAACUUUGUGGCUCCAACUACCCCUUAAGCAUUGCCUUCAUUGUGGUGAAUGAGUUCUGUGAGCGCUUCUCCUACUAUGGCAUGAGAGCUGUGUUGACACUAUACUUCUUAAGCUUCUUCCACUGGGAUGAAAAUCUCUCCACUGCUGUGUACCAUGCCUUUUCUGCACUAUGUUAUUUCACACCUGUCAUUGGAGCCAUCAUGGCAGACUCAUGGCUGGGAAAAUACAAGACGAUCAUCUACCUCUCCAUUGUGUAUGUGAUUGGCCAUCUGAUAAAGUCAGUCGGUGCAAUUCCAUCCCUAGGCAACCAGACAGUCCAUGUGAUCCUGUCUAUGGUUGGUCUGUUUUUGAUCGCCCUUGGAACGGGAGGGAUCAAGCCCUGUGUCUCUGCAUUUGGUGGGGACCAGUUUGAAGAGGAACAUACUGCGGAGAGAAGCAAGUUUUUUUCCAUCUUCUAUUUGUCCAUUAAUGCUGGAAGUUUGAUCUCCACGUUUGUAACUCCUGUAUUAAGAGGGGAUGUGAAAUGUUUUGGAGAGGAUUGUUAUGCAUUAGCUUUUGGUGUCCCAGCAGCACUGAUGGUGUUGGCACUUGUGGUCUUCAUUGCUGGAAGUGGACUGUACAGAAAAACGCCACCACAAGGGAACGUCUUACUUGAAGUGUGCAAAUGCAUCGGUUUUGCCAUUAAAAACCGGCUGCAAAACCGCUCCCGUCAGAUUCCAAAGAGAGAUCACUGGCUGGACUGGGCGUCAGAAAAGUACUCAAAACAGCUGAUUGGGGAGGUUAAAAUGGUGACACGUGUUCUUUUCCUCUUCAUACCACUGCCAAUGUUCUGGGCCCUGUUUGAUCAGCAGGGAUCCAGGUGGACUUUGCAAGCCACAAAAAUGAAUGCUGAUUUUGGAAUAUAUGUCCUUCAGCCUGAUCAAAUGCAGUUCUUAAAUCCACUCCUUAUUCUUGUCUUCAUCCCACUUUUUGACCUUGGGCUCUACCCUCUGAUAAACAUGUGCAAAUUUAAUUUCACACCUAUUAGGAAAAUGGCAACAGGUAUGAUCCUUGCAGGGCUGGCAUUUGGACUUGCAGCCAUUGUAGAAGUCAAAAUAAAUGAAACGGAUAUGCCUCGACUUGUCCCAGAAGAAAGUUUAAUUCGUGUCCUGAAUUUGGCAAAGAACCCUGUUAAAGUGACAAUCCAAGACCAGGACCUAUUUCAGCAGCCUGUGGAGUCUUUUCAGAACCCAGUUGAAUACUCAAAAUUACUAUUGGAUGGAGAGCAGCAGAGUCUUCGCUUCACCCUGCAACACCAAGGAUUGUCUCUUGCUUUUAACUACACUGUGAAGGAAAAAGCAGUAUACAGCUUAAUUGUUUUUGAGGCAGAAGGAAGCCUAUCAAGCCGCUUAAUUACAGACUUGGAAGCAAAGCCAGAAAAUGGUUUGGCAGCUGUUAGAUUCAUUAAUGGUUUGAGCCAAGAUGUCAACCUCACCAUUGACAGCAGGCGGUUCAUUGUUGUUCAGAAAAACUACAGCACUUCUGAGUACUUGCUGCUAGAGAGGGACAAAUAUAAUAACGGAAAAUGCAUAACUGAAGCAGGAGAGUUCACCCUGGAGUUGGGGCUGCUCGACUUUGGUGCAUCCUACACCAUCGUGAUAAAUAAUGUUUCUGGAGGUGCUGUUAAGACAUGGAAGUCAGAAGACAUCAAAGCAAACAAUGUCCAUAUGGCUUGGCAGUUACCACAAUAUUUACUAAUAUCUGCUGGGGAGGUGAUGUUCUCCAUUACAGGUCUGGCCUUCUCUUAUUCUCAGUCUCCAGCCAGCAUGAAGUCGGUGCUGCAGGCAGGCUGGCUGCUCACGGUGGCUGUUGGGAAUACCCUUGUGCUUGUUGUUGCAGAGGCUGCACCAAUGGCACAGUGGGCUGAAUUUGUCAUGUUCACUGUUCUCCUCUUUGCUGUGUGCAUUAUUUUCUCCAUCAUGGGAUAUUUCUAUGUCAGUGUGGAUCCAGAGGACUUAGAAGAAAAUGAAGAGAAGAGAGAGACCUCAAGCAGAGGAAACAUGAUUAGUCUUGUUACUCAGAAAACAAAGCUCUAACACAUCAUGGAUGAUAAAGGAAAAUUAUUAGGCCUCAAUUAGUGAUGAAAGACACGGGUCCUUCUGCAUUGCACCAGCUUGAGAGAGCAACUCCUGCUCAAGAGCACAACUUCCCCAUCCAGUGUGGGAUCAUUAAAUAUCAAACACUUUAUUUGUCCUAUUUGCAUUGCCUAUUGUGCCCCUGUGUGGCAUGAAAACUCUGCAGUAAUAAUUGAUGUGUAUAAUUUUAAGGGCACUCUGCUCUGCCUCACAGAGCUUAAAAUCAGUGGAGAGCUGGAGGAGAGGCUCUGGGUGGUGGAACUGCCAGUGCCACUCCAGCAGCUCAGCAGGAUGAAAAAUAAAAGGGAAAGGACUGACAGAUGAGUUUACGUGACCUUGACAUGGAGGCAUAAGGAUUUUGGGUGUUUUGCCUUUCCCUUGGGGAUGGAAAGGAGGGGACAGGGGCAGGUGACAGUCACUGGGGCCCCAGCAUGUCACUGGGAUGAGUUAGUGUUCCCUCCCCACUAUGCUGGGAGGAACUUUGCUGCAGAAUAUUGCACACAUGUACAUGAGGCCUCUAGAUAUUUAUGCAGCUGUAACUGAUGCUGAGGUGACGGGUGAGAGAGACUCCAAACCUGGAAGGUUCCCAGAGCUGUUUACGUGCCCUGCUGCAAGCCCUCACUGUGCAUCAGUGGGACCCUUGGUGGUGGUGGCACAGGGAUGAGCAGACCAAGGACAUGCCAGGAGGAAAUAAUGCAAAUACUCCAUUAAAAAAAUCACAGAAUGGAACAACCCCAGCCCUUCCCUCUCCCCAGACUUGGCCACAUUGCACACAGGCUGCAAUUUGGUUUUAUCACCAUGGGAGAUGUAAAGCACAGCAGCUGUGCAGUACUUACUGCUUUUAUCCCCCAUGUUUCUCCCUUUAUUUCUUUGCUGAGACUGCAACUGAAAGAGCAGCUUAGUGGCUGUGCUGCUGUCACCAUGCUCAAAGGCUGGGAGGACAGAGACUGCCUGGGGUGGCUGAGGUGUCUGGAGCCCUGCAUGGCCCCGCAGAGAGGAGCCAAGGCCAGCACAGGGUGCAGAGGAGGGACAAGCAGCCAGGUCUUUGCUCUGUUUUGGCACGAGAGUCCGUGUGAUGGGACAGAGCAAGCAUCCCUGAGCCAUCAACUUGGGGCAGGUUAUGCAGCUGGGAUGAGCUGUGGCAGAGGAUUUUGGCAGGAGCAGGUUGGACAUGGCAUGAGAUCCAGUACCAGCUCACCUGCCCACAGGGGAGGAAGAUGCUUGUGCUGCCACAGGCAUCUCAACAGCUUCGGGAGGAAAAGCCUGGCCAAGCCUGCCUGGACUAAAGCAGAAGGGACCUGCAGUGGCUCUGGGACUCGGGGAUUUAGUUCCUUCCUCUCCAUGCAUUAUUUUCCUUCUUGCAAGCAGGGGCUGAACAAAUAAGGGGCUGUAAUGUACUUUUAGAUGUAUGGUCUUUAGAAAAUGAAUUCACAUUUGGAGCGCAAGCUGUAAUACUUGGCUUUAUUAUUUAAUUACAGAGUUUGUAAAUGUAAAUGGAUUUAGACUCUUAAUUUUAGGAGCCUUGAAUAACCUUCCAAUUCCUUGUUUAAUGUUCAGGCAGAAAGACUCCCACGUCUGGCUGCAGCAUAUUUGGGGUGUGCAGCACAGCCGAGUGAGCCGGGCGUUUUCACUGCUCUGUCGUCUCAUUUGUAGAAGUUGGGCCAAACUGUAUUUUACUGGAAAGUGCUUAAAAUUAAUUAAGUGGCAGAGCAUAAAGGAGCUGGUUUGAGUUCUUUCCCCAGCAGCAGUUUGCAAGCUGCAAUAAGAAAACUGAGGCUCCAGUCUGCAGCUUUUCUUUUGCACGUGAAAAUGUAAAUCCUAUCUUUCUGGGAAUGUUACCCCAUGAGAAAUUGUUUCCCUGAUAUUAACCAUGUCAGAUGAACCCCCAAUGGUACAAGGCCUCCUUGGCUUGAAAUUUGAGCUCUGUUCCUGCAUGGUACUGGAAGCAUGUCUCUUGUUUUAAAUAACUUCUGUCAAAAGGCUCGAGAACAUGUGUGGGCUGAGCCAGAUGAUCUGCCCCUGUUCAAGGUGACUGAGGCUCCAAAAUACUGAAGACCAAGCAGGAAAUGCUUUUGAGGACUCACAUCUGAGCCUCCUUUGAUCUUCAUAAUUUUCCACUUGGGUGGGUGCUACUCUUCCAAAAUAGCUGC